AACGAAAACAAACCGGCGAAGAUUAAGCAACGAAAAAAAAUCGCUGACCAAACUCCCGCACCCUCGAGCGAGAAACAGUCGCCCGACUCUCUGCCCUCGUUCGCCCCUUCGUCCCUUCGCUGCCGCCCUCCAGAUCCCUUCGCCUCCGCCCGACGCCGCCAGCCCCCGACCUCCUCCCCAGCUCCUGGCGCGCCCGCCCCCCACAUCUCCUCCCCCGAUUCGGUGGUCGCCCUGCCCCCACCUUCUCCCUCACUCCCGGCGCCGCCCGACCCCCAACCUCCCUGGAUCCCGGCCGCCCCGCCCCCACCUCCUCCCUCGCACCCGCUCGCCCAUGCCGCCUAUCCGCGCCCCUCCCACACACUCCCGACCUCCUCCCGGCGUGCCACCGCCCCUGCUCCUCCCUCCUCUAGGAGGACGCGCCGCCGCCCCGUUCUUCCUUCCUCCUAUCGGUGGGUCAGGUCCCUCAACGUCGCGGCGUCGGAGGCGGACGCAAGGCCGGUGCUGAUGCCGGGGGGCAACAAGGCCCCGAUGGCUGCGUGGAAACCUUCUCCCAAGCCGAUGUGGAAGGCGCCAGAGAAGCCUCCGGCCGCUGACCCGGCCAAAGAGGAUGAGUUGCAGGGCGCGAAGAAGGACGCGGGGGCCGCCACUGCUGUUGGCGACGACGGCGCUAGGAAGGGGAACUCGUCCCCAUUGCCUCCGCCGAGGAAGCUGCAAGAUGCGCCGGCGGUGAACCUCAACGCGUCCUGCUCCUCGGAGGCCUCCGUGGAGUCGCUCCGCGGCCAGGCCCCAGGCGGAAGGACCGAGAGGGGCUGGUCCCGGCCGACCGCGCCCAAGCGUGGGAAGGCUGUGUCUAAGGUGGUGGAGAAGCACGCCGAUGUCGCGGAGGUUGCCGCUCCAGUGACGCCGGAGGCCGUCCGAGGGAGGAGCCGGUGCGCCUGGGUGACUCCGACCACCGUUGGAGAUGCUGCUGCUAUUUGUUCAGAUUGGGGGAGGCUAGAGAGGCUUGCUUCAUGUUGUGUUUGCUACGUCAGAGAGCAGUGAGAACUGAGAUUUGGGUGGGGGUGGAGGUAGCAGGGAGAGGAUGUUUACUCGAUGGAAGAGUGCAGGGGCACGCCUCCGAGCUAGCCGAUGCCUACUAUAUCCAGUGUUCUGCUGCAUCCGGUGCCACCUCAAAGAACACCUUCUUCUAGCUGGGCAUUGAACGCCUCAGGGACGACGAGGUGCAGCAACUGGGGUGGAAGCAGUUCAACUACAUGAUGAAGAAUUGAGUGAAGGGGUUAAGACGGUUGCGUUGUGCAUGCGCUGCUUGCUUGCCGGUGAGUGUCACCAUUGUGACUAGGUGUUCUUUGUUGCCCAUGCCCUCUGUAGUUUAAGGUGUUUGUUCUUUUAGCAGCCCAUAAAAUACUGCAAUGUAAACGAUUGUCUUC